AAGCCCAUCUCGCAACCUUCGCCGCAGAUCGGGAAGGGGUUUUAUGUCUCCUUCCUCGCUCCGAAACAGCUCGAGGCAGCAGCUCCCCCCGCAAAAGCCCUAGCUUUACCUCCGCCCCGUCGUCCCCCACCAAGCGCCUCCAAGAUGAAGCUCGUCAGGUUCUUGAUGAAGCUGAACAACGAGACGGUGACCAUCGAGCUCAAGAACGGCACUGUCGUCCAUGGCACCAUCACCGGCGUUGACAUCAGCAUGAAUACUCAUCUGAAGACUGUGAAGCUCACACUGAAAGGGAAAAAUCCUGUUACCCUUGAUCACCUCAGUGUGAGGGGGAACAACAUCCGCUAUUAUAUCCUUCCUGACAGCUUAAACCUGGAGACUUUGCUGGUUGAGGAAACACCAAGGGUCAAACCUAAGAAGCCAACUUCAGGGAAGCCUUUGGGACGCGGGCGUGGCCGUGGUCGUGGGCGCGGUCGGGGUCGGGGACGUUGAGCUUGCUGCCCUUUUGGAAAUUGCAUUGCGCACAUCUUUGCAAUGUAAUCUGUUUUCCUAUCUGUUUGUAUGGAGUUCACUUUUGUUAAGGCAAUGGCGUUGGUGCCAGCUGUUCUUGCUGUGGAUUGAGUUGAUGUUAGAUGCUACAAUGUAACUACUGUGCCGUAUGCUCUUCCCCUGAACUCCCGGGCGUGACGACUAAAUUCUAUCUGAAGUCAAUCAUGCAACCUUUUCUGCUCACUA